AUUGCCUACUUGCUUAUUUAAUUGUUCAUAUAAUUGGCUUUUUACCACAAUACUACAAUCAAAGUUUGACGCUCUAUGAAGUUCACCAAUCUUGUCCCAUGCGCUUUUGUCCCACAAUUCAUGAAUUCACUUUCCACAGGCUGAGGCCAGUAAAUCUCAAAUCAAUACAAAUAAGCGUAAUCCAUCCUUACAUCUUCAAAGUUUGACUCCAAUUUUUGUAUUUUGAUUUGCUUCCCCUGAAACCCCGAUAACCCCAUGCCUUACAUAGGCGGCAGAACGGGGAGGGCACCGGGGCACCGUGCCCCCUUUGAUUUUGGCAUCUUAACAUUAGCCCUAUGGGCGAGGGCGUUGCAUGGAAAGAAUGGGACCAAAAGUCGACAGUGCCCCCCCCCCUUUAUUGAAGGUGUCCUGCUGCUACUGAUGCCCUAUAUGGAUACAUGAGGUAUCAUCAUCAGGCCUUAGCAGGGAUUAUUGUGAUGUCACUGCCAGUGACAUUGAUUCUUGGUUACGGAGUGUUGACUCAGACUGGCUCAUGGCUGAACUGCAAUCAUGUUGAAAAGGACUGAACUGCAGGGCUCUCAGUCAUUUCCCAGGCUCUCCUUUUUCAAAUUGACAUGAUAACAAUGCUUCCAUCUGAAGCUGUUGAAGAGUAUGACCCAUACAAGGAGGAACGCCUUGGUAGAGUGCGAGAAGUUGGUAAUCAAGCAGUUUGGAGUCUCUCUACAUGCAAGCCAGGUUUUGGCGUUGACCAGCUGAGAGACCUCUCGCUGGAGACUUACUGGCAGUCGGACGGUCCGCAGCCGCAUCUAAUCAACAUCCAGUUCAAACGGAAAACCACCGUUCAACAGGUGUGCAUCUAUUCCGACUUCAAACAGGAUGAGAGCUACACACCAAACAGGGUGUCGAUCCGCGCGGGCACCAGUUUCCACGACCUGCGUGAGCUGGAGGUGCGCGAGCUCUCUGAGCCGUCCGGCUGGCUGGUGUUUGCGCUGCGCGGCGCUGACGACCGCCCGCUGCGCACCUACCACCUGCAGAUCGCCGUCAUCACCAACCACCAGAACGGGCGCGACACGCACAUGCGCCAGGUGCGCGUGCACGCGCCCGUCGAGCAGCGCGGCGUCACCGUACAGCCGGUGGGCAGCUUCGUCAGCGUCGAGUGCUCCCAGUACGCGUGCCUGAGGUAGCGGAGAGGGAGGGCCGUGGGCUGUCCGUGCCCGCUCCGGUGUGGUGAGGUCGGGAUUGGGCGGCUCGUCCGCUCGGUGUGAUGAAUUGCCGGUGAACUAAACUGCUAUACGAUACGACUGGUGUCCGGCGCAUAUUCAGUGUUGUGUACCAUCGACUUGCAAACCAUCAAUGAAUGUAGACUGUUACUGAACCCGGUGCCCGGCUGUGCCCGACUAGUGCUGAUGCUUAUGGGCACCAAGUGACAGUAAUUGUUCAUGCUUGCAGCUACAUGCCAUUUAGUAAGUGUAUGUGCACUUUGUAGUGCUUUAUGUUCAUUUUAUUUGUGGCAUAAACAUAUGUCAUGCUCGUGAAUUCAUAAUAAUGUCAUAUAUGAACUUCUAGUGAGAAGCAUCAUGGCCUUUGGUGAAUGUGAGAAAUAACAAUAUGGAAUAUAUUUAAAUUCAUGUGUACCUACUCGCAUUGUCAUUUAAAUGUAAAAUAAAAUGUCAUCAAUGCUGUUCAAAAUACUAUUCAGGUACUCAAUCGUC